UGUGCAUCAGCAUUUGGGCAUGUGCUGGACCCCUAUGCCGUGUGCCCAGCUGACACGGUGUUCCCAGCGCUCCUGAGCUGCCCUGUGGCGCCUUCGCUGCAGGCACAGCUUCCCGACAAAGGUGCACCUGUGGACACGAGCCCGGUGUACGUCAAGGGGGAUCCGUUUGCCAAGACGAUGUACCAGGAUAGUGAAGUCGGGCCCAGGAAGCGAAGCCGUGAUGAGGAGGAUAUUAUACCUGUGGCAGAGCUCAACAAGGUCAUCAAGAACGUGGCGGAAACUGUUUUUGACGAGCAGCAUAGGAAUUUUGAGUACAUGGACAGGGACUGGCUUACAAAGGGCGAGUAUGAAACGUUGGAGUUCAGAAAGAAGGCUCACCCACCUCAGUUCUACGAAGUCAAGAAAUCAAAGCGUGGCGGACUUAAGCUCGGACCCCGACCUGGUAAAGCAACCAAACCGAGGAUUGGGAUCAAUGGUUUGGGGCGGAUCGGGAGACUUGUGGCCAGGCUUAUUUUGCGCAGCAAGAACAUGGAACUAGUCGUCGUUAACGACCCUUUUCUGAGCGCAGAUGUCAUUGCUAGAUCCCUAGAGGACAUGCCUCCUGAUUUAUUCCCUCCCACCAAAGUUCUAGCUAUUUCUGAGCCUGAAAAAAUACCCUGGGGCCAUCUCGGCGCAGACUACGUCGUGGAGAGCACUGGAAUAUUCACUGACACGGAUACUGCCAGCUCUCACUUGAUGGGUGGCGCCAAGAAGGUUAUCAUCUGUGCUCUGAGCAUUGAAGCUCCCACAUUUGUUUACGGUGUCAACGAAAAUAUUUACACGCCAUAUAUUGGCAUCAUCUCAAUUGCUGAUACCACUACAAUUUGUCUUGCUCUGCUCGCCAAGAUCCUCCACACUAAAUUUGUCAUCAGAGAGUGCCAUGCACUCAGUUCCGCUAUUCCUGAUUUAGUCGACAGGUUCCAUGUGACGGUGAACCAUGAUCCUCCGGUGAAACUGUCUUGUGUGGAAAUGGCGGUUAGGCUUGACGAGUGUGCUGACUACGAGAUGAUCAAGGAUUCUGUCAGGAAAGAGUCUUCUUCAAAUGAACUUCACUAUGUACUAGCUAACCUGGAGGGAGGAGUGGGGCUCAAGGCCACAGAUUAUUUAGGAGAUUGCAGGUCGUGCUUCUUUGAUGCCGAUGCUGGAGCUAUGCUGGGGGACGGUUCCUUCAAGCUCUUCGCAUGGUUCAACCACCAGCGCAGCUACGGCCAGCGCUGCACUGACAUGAUUCUACACAUGGCGAAGAAGUCUAGAGUUGAUUUGAGGAAGAGCUUCUAUGACAGAAAUGCGAAGAGUUUAGAAAACACAGCCCUCUGCACCCUUUCUUACACCUUGUAAAUACUGCUAUGUUCCUCUGCU